GGGGGCGCUGGUUCGCUAUAUUCAACACGGGCGAAGAAUCUUUUGUAAUGGGAGAUAGUGGCAGCAAAACGAUUUCCCAUGGCAAGAGAUUCUUCGGUCGUCUUGAAAAUCGCGAAUCAACGCUCAACACCCACCACCACCGCCACGUAAAUGCUGGUGUGAGAAGGAGGCUAGAGAGUGUAGAUUCUAGUCAUACUGAACGCUAAGAGAACUGAUAGUGAUAGUAAGUAAAGCAGAUCUGAAUAUUUUCUAUAGCAUGCACGAGCUUUGCCAUAUUUUGUCAGUGUCCUUAGAACAAAUCGUACGUUAGGAUAACUACCUCCUUGGUCAGGAAAUCGGUUCUUGCAUUUCUGGUGUGGCCUAAAGUCUCUUUUUCUCCGGCGACUGACAGACUCACAAUGCCAGCUGGCCUCAGGCACGUGCUGCUGCACAUGGCCCACGAAGCUCCGGCGAACACCACCGAGCCGGACUGGAGGCCCCGUCGCCGGCUGGCAGCCGCACUUUUCCGGGGAUUGUGGCAUGGCUCCAACGGGAGGAUUGGGGCGAGUUCCCGGGCGCCAGGGCGGGACACGCCCACCUACGUGUACCCAGAGGAGGUGCGCUGGGUGAUGCGGGCCCGGUUCGCUGACCCUUCAGAUCCAAUCCGCCUACAUGACGGCAGGGUUGCCGACCAGAGGCAUGGAGAAGUGUACCACGUCGAUGUUGUGGACCUGGCCACUACCACCUAGCCCGUCUGCCGCUGCGGGGCCAGAAGC